CUUGAGUUUCUCUUGUGGGUGUAUUCUUGCGUCUGUUAAUUCAAACGUUUUGUGAGAGCUCAAAUGCCGGCAGUGGCACACAUCGGAAACUCACGGUGGGUCUCUCUCAUCCGCCAUCACAGUAUCUUUCUUUCUCGUUUUACCACUGAUACCCAAAUCAUAAGAGCGCCGUCACAGAACCGCCACCACCCCCGAAAUAGAGUUAAAUCCACCUCAUACUCACAAAAUCAAACACAAAUGCAGAGCCUGGUUUCUCUCAUAAAAUCAUGCUCUCAGUACAGUCAUUUGCUUCAAAUCCAUGCCUAUGUCAUCUCUACAUCGCUUCUUCAAUUACCCUUCAUUUCCCUUCCCUUCUUGUCUCGUGUUGCGCUCUCUCCGCUUCGGAGUUUGAGCUAUUCACGCCAAGUUUUCGAUCAUUUGUCAGACCCAUAUGUCUCCCAUUACAACACUAUGAUCAGGGCUUAUUCCUUGAGUAAUUCAGCUGAGGAAGGAUUUAAUAUAUAUCAAGAAUUGAGAAGGAGAGGUAUACACGCAAACGCAUUAUCUUCCAUGUUUGUUAUUAAGUGUUGCGUUAAAUUCUGUUCGUUAAAUGGGGGUGAACAGAUUCAUGGAUGUCUUUUGAAAGAUGGGCAUCAAUCAGAUAGUCUUUUGUUAACCACCUUAAUGGAUUUAUAUUCAAAUUGCGAGAAAGGUGAGGAAGCGUGUAAAGUGUUUGAUGAAAUGCCUCAAAGAGACACUGUUUCUUGGAAUGUAUUAAUUUCUUGCUAUUUGCGUAACCGUAGGACCCGGGAUGCUCUGGUUUUGUUUGAUAGUAUGAAGAGUGGCGCUUAUGGUUGUCAACCUGAUGAUGUUACUUGCUUGCUAAUCCUACAGGCUUGUACCAGUUUGGGUGCGUUGGAAUUUGGGGAAGGCGUUCAUAGGUAUAUUGAGGAACGUGGCUAUGGUAAUGCUUUGAAUCUAAGUCACUCACUUAUAGCAAUGUAUUCCCGGUGUGGUUGUCUGGAGAGAGCUUAUGGGGUGUUUGAGGGAAUACGUAAUAAGAAUGUGGUUUCUUGGAGCGCUAUGAUUUCUGGUUUUGCAAUGAAUGGGUACGGGAGAGAAGCUAUUGAAGCAUUUGUUGAGAUGCAAAGAUUGGGUAUUUUGCCUGAUGAACAAACUUUUACUGGAGUUCUUUGUGCUUGUAGUCAUUGCGGUUUCGUUGAUGAAGGAAUGAUGUUUUUUGAUCGCAUGAGGAAAGAGUUCGGAAUAAUGCCCAACAUACGUCAUUAUGGAUGCAUGGUUGAUUUAUUGGGUCGUGCCGGUCGGCUUGAUGAGGCCUAUCAGUUUAUAGUAUCAAUGGGGAUCAAGCCAGAUUCAACAAUUUGGAGAACCCUUCUCGGGGCUUGUCGAAUUCAUCGACACUUUACACUUGGAGAGCGCAUAAUCGGUCAUUUGAUUGAGCUCAGGGCAGCAGAAGCUGGGGAUUAUGUUCUGUUGUUGAACAUAUAUUCUUCAAUUGGCAAUUGGGACAAAGUGUCGGAAUUGAGGGCAUUUAUGAAGGAGAAAGGUUUCCAAACAACACCUGGAUGUAGUACAAUUGAGGUAAAAGGAGUAGUACAUGAAUUCGUUGCUGAUGAUUAUUCACAUCUGAGGAAUGAUGAAAUUUAUGAAAAGCUGGAUGAGAUAAACAAACAGCUCAAGAUUGCUGGUUAUGUCGCUGAAAUCACAUCUGAGUUGCAUAAUUUGGGUGCAGAAGAGAAGGGGUAUGUACUCUCUUAUCACAGUGAGAAACUGGCCAUUGCUUUUGGAGUUCUUGCCACUCCACCAGGAACAACAAUUAGAGUGGCCAAGAACAUCCGCACCUGUGUUGAUUGCCACAAAUUUGCAGAGUUUGUUUCAGCGGUGUAUAAUCGAGUAGUAAUUAUUAGAGAUCGGACUCGGUUCCAUCAUUUCCGAGAAGGACACUGUUCCUGCAAUGGUUACUGGUAGAUGUAGCGGAGGUGGAGAAAACACAACCAGACAAAGUUGAGACUUCAAAACUGGAUAUUUAAUAUGCGCUGGCUUUGUUGUCACUGCAGAUGCUAGUAAGAUGUUAAAGCUGCAUACACCUGUUCAGACUAGAUUAGGAGAUUCAGAGAUUAUUUAUUUUACAGAAAAUACGAGGGGUGGCUUGGGUGCAACUCGAUAUAUCUACCAGUAAUCAUGGUUGAGGAAUAUUCCUUAUUGACACUAUUGGGGUUGAAUAAUGAAUAGCCAGUGCCAAAUGGACAACUGAGAGAGUUGCAUAUAUGUUGCACAAGAGCAGCCAUUCCCUAGAGGAAGUUAUACCUCAGUAUGGCGUGCGUCAUGCCUACAGUUUGCUGAUCUUAGACUGAAGAUGUUGGAUUGAAGGUAGCUAACUAUGAAUCUAUGGUCAGCUUGUACAAAGAUAUUGGGUGACUUGGGUCUGUUGGAAAAACCAUCUCAUGCUCAAAUCAUUUUAAUAAACUGCUCAGGCAAAUGCUUUGAGAAAUAUCUUCGAAAGGCAUUCGACUUUCUGUAUGCAAGAUAGAGGAGAAGCUUGUGUGCAGAGAUAAAUUAGUGAAGCUGUGGCGUUCUGAUACAAUAGCCAUGUUCACUAAGGAUUGAAAAGUGGAUAUUUUCAUCAAUCCUUGCAUGUUUCCAACUUCCCUGUAUUAUGUGAAGUUACCAGGAAAAGGCAGAAGUUUCACCAACAUAUUUGGAUGACUCGCGACUCGAAAACAGAGUUUCAAUUAUGUAAGCCAGAGUUUAUUGAUUCAGUUUCAACUGCGUUGGUUACUAUUGACAAUAACACUUCACAUAAUUUUGCUGUUAUUGCACUUGAAGGAGGUGAAGUAGAGACGUACUGAAAGACAAGAAAAGAGUGCCAAGCCUUUUUCAAUGAUACUUCUGGUAUCUUGUAAAACUCUGUAUGUUUCCUUGUUCAAUCUGUGUUGCAUAAAUAGAAGACAUUUAUUAUUCACUUUUUUCUUCUUCUGGUUUUAUGAAGUUAUGACAGGAGAACAUGACCCAUGAUAGAGUUGUAGGGUGUAACCCAAAGAUCACGGGUCCAAUUAUUGAAAACAGUCUAACCAAGGAUACUAAAUGCCAGCAUUUUUAUACCUGAAAGUAAAUUUCGUGCAGACAGAGAUAUAGUCAGCAUACUAAAUAG